AUGAUGAAUCCAGAACAGGGAAAUCAAACGUCCAUUGCAGAAUUCAUCCUCCUGGGAUUCGGCACUCUCCCUGAACUGCAAAUCCUUCUUUUCCUGCUGUUUCUAGUGAUCUACAUUGCAACCAUGGCUGGGAACAUCCUCAUUGUGGUGCUUAUUGUGGUUUAUCGUCACCUUCACAAUCCCAUGUACUUCUUCCUUGGGAACUUGUCCUGCCUGGAGACCUGCUACACUUCAACCAUCCUGCCCAGCAUGCUGGACGGUCUCUUGAGUGGGAACAAAACUAUUUCAUAUAGUCGGUGUCUCACACAAUAUUAUUUUUUUUCUUCUCUGGUUGCUACAGAAUGCCUUCUCUUAUCGGUGAAGUCAUAUGAUCGGUAUUUAGCAAUAUGCAAUCCAAUGCACUAUGCAGCCCAUAUGAGUGGCAGGUCUUGCCUCCAGUUUGUAGGUGGCUCUUGGAUAGGUGGCUUCCUAUGUAUUGGCAUAAUAACAGUGCCGAUAUCCCAGUUAUCUUUCUGUGGCCCCAAUGGUAUUGACCAUUUCUUUUGUGAUCCUAUCCCCCUGAUAAAUCUCUCCUGUAAUGAUCCUCACCUGAUGGAAAUGUUGGCUUUCACACUCAGCUUGAUUUUCUCACUGGUCAUUCUUAUUUCAUUCUUAAUUACCUUGAUGUCCUACAUCUGCAUCAUUGUGACCAUCCUGAGAAUCCCUUCCACCAAUGGGAGGCAAAAGGCAUUUUCCACCUGCUCCUCCCACCUCAUUGUGGUGACCAUGUAUUAUGGAACUCUACUGUUUGCCUAUAUGUUCCCAACAAUCAACACACUGAGAGACUUCAAGAAAGUUGUCUCUGUCGUCUACACUAUCCUGACUCCCCUGGUCAAUCCCCUCAUCUACAGCCUGAGAAACAAAGAGGUCAAGGAUGCCCUGAGGAAAGCUAGUAGUAAAUUCAUGUUUGGACGACACUAA